CGAAAUCCUUCAAAGUAGAGGUGUGAACUGUCAAAAAGUAAUUUUUGGAGUUUUAAAAGUUUUCAACUUUAUUUUCAGGAAACAGUGCCAUAGAAAGCGAUGAAUUAAAUGCCAUGUUCUGAAUUGUAUACUAGUUGUAUAAACUGAAACAUUGAGAUUUUAAAAAGAUAAUGGAUGGUUCAGAGGAUCGCCCUGCUUCACCACCCCUGCCUAAAGGGUCAUAUAACAUCAACUUUGAUGAGUUCGAUGAUUCUAUUGAUCCAUUCAAACCUAGAGGGGGGCUAAGUAAUUCUCCUGACAAAGUGAUGAGCAACCCAUUUCAGACAAGGAAUAAAAUGGCAUCAACACCAACUGAGGAAACCAGUAAUCCUUUCCAGACUAAAAGCAAGAUUGCAUCUUCACCUCCGAAAGAGACACUAUCUGAACAACCUGUAGAAAACCAUGACACUGGAUUAGAAGAAUCAGCAAAGGAUAAGGAAACAGAUGGUGCUGGAGAACAUAUCAGUGAAAUAACAAGUAGUAAAGCAAAGUCACCUGCAAUUAAUAUUAAGAAACCAGUUAAAGGUAAAAAGAAAGUAAAGAAAAAGGAAGUUAAAGCAGAAGUUCCAGAGGGAGAUGACAUAGAUUUAAAUGUUGAAAACCCUUUUGCAACUAAAGUGAAACUAGGUCAGUCACCACCAUUAGAUGUAGACCCUUUCGCAACUAAAGUGAAACUAGGUCAGUCACCACCAUUAGAUGUUGAUCCUUUUGCAACAAAAACUAAAUUAGGUCAAUCACCACCAUUACAUGUAGAUGAAGACCCCUUUAAAACAAAGACUGAAUUAGGCACAUCACCUCAAAAUGAUAGCAAUAUUGCAAUGGAUGAAAACCCAUUUGAAAUUAAAACUGAACUAGGUGCUUCCCCUCCUGCAGGCAAUAAUAAUGAUAAUGUAGCAAGCUUGGAAAGUGAAAGUAAAACUGUUGAAGAAGAUGUGCAAAAUGAAAGUGCAGACUCAUUUAAAACUGCUGAAGAAUCUCCAGAAAAGGUAAACAAAGGUUUAAAGACAAGGGCAAAAUCACAGACUCCACCAGUAACAAAUUCUGUGGUUGACACUGAAAAUGUCCAAGAAGAUGUAGAUCAGGAUGGUGGCUCAGAGCCAUCCAAACCUAAACCAGAAAAGAAAAUACCUAGUCCAAAGAAGUCUGGUAUAAAGAAGCCUAAAGCAAGAUCAAAGUUCAAACCACCACCUAACUUUGGUGUUCAAGAUUCAGAAGAUGUUGUGAUAUAUGCCCCUCCCCCUUCACAAAGUGCCAAUAACAAUACUGCCUCAGAUCAUGAAGCCCCUGGCAACCUGGAGGAUACUGGUGAUAAACAGCUAGAUGAUGAGAUUAACAAUUCAGUGACCAAUCAAAUGACAGCAUCAGAAGUUCUGGGCGGAGUCAGUGAUAUGAUUGACAGUGUUCAUGAUUUUGGUGCUUGUGAAAUGCCAAUGGAAAGUAAUGAGGAUUUUGUACCUGCAUCUGAAGCAUUUGACGAUGAAGAAGCCUGGGAAAUGAUGGAAAGAAUGAAACAUGAAAAUGGUGCGCCCCCAAGGGAUUCUUUAAAUGCAUUUGAUCCACUGGCUGAACAACCUGUACCAGACAAAGCCGUGAACAGAAGAGUCUCUGACAGUGGUAUAAAUGAAAAUAGUAAUUCAGACGAUGAAGAUCUGCUGUUAAUGAACACGCCACCUCCACAGAAACAGCAGUCGGGUCCUUCCAGAGGUGUGUCCCGCCAUCCAGCUGCCCGGGCCCUUCAGGAACAUGUUGACGGGGAUGGAGCGCCCCGGGAAGCUCAGAUAGUGGACAAGAUGUUGUUCUCACCUGGUAGAGGAGAAGAAGGAAGGCCUCGUGGAGAAGGCGGUGAGAGAUACUUCGAUGCCCCGGAGUACCCACUAGGCUCACAUAAAGCACAGCAUAAAAAGAAGUCCAGAAGUGAACUAGAAGUGGAGCGUAUGAACGCGGCUAACAAGAAACAUGUUCCUGCAGCUGAUAGCAACAAGGACAAUAUUGUACAACUUGUACAGGACAAUGACUGUAGCAGCAGUGGACAGGUGCUCAAAUAUUCUCAGUCGGACUGGAAUAAGAUGAAACAAGAGUUGGAGCUGGAUUUUAAUGCUCGUAUCCUGAACAAGGAGAGGGAAUGGAGUAAGAAGUUAGCUGACCGAGAGAAGAAAAUAUCGUACCUGACCGAGCAGCAGUUACUGCUGAGAUCUUCUAAUGAAGAUAUGAAGUUAGUUGUGACUGAAUUUGAAAAAACUAUAGCACAGUUACAAGCUGAGAAAGAGAAAUCAACAACAGAAUCUCAACAAGGCUUUGAGGAUGUCAUUAAAGAGAGAGAUCAGGCGUUAGAAGAUCUCCAGUCAGUGGAAACUGCGUUUUCUGAUCUUCAUCAAAGAUAUGAGAGGGCAAAAGGUGUUGUCGAAGGUUUUAAAAAGAAUGAAGAUGUGUUGAAGAAAUGUGUGUCAGAUUACCAGAAUAAGUUGAAAUCUGCUGAAGAAAAAACCAUCUCAGUUCGACAGCAAGCAGAAGAGAAACUAGCUCUUGCCAGUGAUGAGAUGGAGAAGUUACGAAGAUCAACAACAGCUGAGUUGGCUAGACUAGAGGCAGCUCUGAAGAAAGCUGAACUUAAAACACAGGGUCUAGAGAGAAGUCUCGAGCAAAAGGUGCAAGAAAACAAUGAAUUGACAGCCAUAUGUGAUGAAUUAAUUGCAAAAGUCAGUACAGAAUGAUAGAAACCAUCAGUUCCCUUCCUGAUAACAGACAUAUACACCAUACAACACCUGUUAUUGUGUUCAACAUAAUAUUUAUAACAGAUUUGUAGUUCUCAUAAGAAUUUCAGCAAAAUUACUGCAUGAAUAAAACCCUCUGAAACAAUUUGACCACCAGAUAUCCCGUCUUCAAUGUAGUAUGUGGAUUGUAACAUGUCUCAGCGUGUUCAUUUAUGUUGCAGAAGAGAAAAUCAAAGCUUUAACUCAAUAAAUGCUAGACAUUUAUAACCACCUAUACACAUUUUGUUAAAAGACAUUAGGUAGAAUAAGGGAGAUAAAUAUGACUGGCUUCAUGAUCUUUACUAUAAUAUGCAUGAAGAAAGAUUAUUGUAUAAAGUUACUUACACUUGAGAGUCUUAUAUACCAGCUUAUAAUGAUCCUAGGGUAAAAUUAGCCACUCCCUCGGGGUCACAAGCCUUAUGUAUUUUCAUUUAUUUUACCUAACAUGUUAUUUUGUUUUAGGGUAAUAACUCAGUUCACUAAAUAUUGUAUGAAUAGGUUUUGUUAGGGGUUAUUCCUAAGACAUGGUCAAAUUGUAUAUGGAUGGUUUUAUACAUGGGCACUUGUAACAUCCCCAUUACUCCACCAGCAUCUAUAAUAUAUAUAUAUAUAUAUAAUGUCUCAUUUUUAUACACAUUUGGACAGUUUAAUCAUAUCUAUAUAAAAUCAUUAUAUUUAUAAGCUUAAUAUCUUGUCAUUUUUUAUUUUGUUCAUUUUAUACAUGAAAUUUGAAUGGUAAUAGGUUCCUAAUUAUGAAUGUUAGUUAUUAUUAUUAUUUCUUAUGGGUUUAUUAUUUCAUGAUUGACCAAAAGAUUAUUGCCAUUUACUUGAUGUUGUCACCUAAGUGCAGUAACCGGUUCACUCCUAUAAAAUUAAACAUUUGUUAGUCCAUUACUGCACUAAGGUGACAAUAAUGAAAAUAUUUGAGGAAUUAAAUAAACAUGUUUUUUAUGCCACCGCAGCAUCUGCGAUGCGGUGGCAUAUAGCGAUUCACCUGUGUGUUUGUUUGUGUGUGUGUGUGUGUGUGUGUGUGUGUUAUAUAGAUUAUAUAGUGAACUUAAAAAAUCUUCUUGUGAAAAACCACUAGUCCAAUUUCAACCAAACUUGGCAGGAUUGAUCCUUGGGUGAAGGGCUUCCAAAGUUGUUGAAAGAAUUUCAUUUCAUGCAGAAAUCUGGUUGCCAUGGCAACCAAAAGGAAUUAUAAGAAUAAAUUUAAAAAAUCUUCUUGUAAAGAACCAAAAGGCCUAGAACUUAGAUAUUUUGCAUAAGGCAUUUUCUGGUAGACCUCUACCAAGAUUGUUCAAAUUAUAGCCCUGGGGUCCAAGUCGGCCCGCCCCGGGGGUCAUUGAUUUUCACUAUAUGUACAUAUAGUAAAAAUUUAAAAUACCUUCUGGUAAAGACCCAAAAGGCCUAGAGCUUAGAUAUUUUGCAUAAGGCAUUGUCUGGUAGACCCUUACCAAGAUUGUUCAAAUUUUAGCCCUGGGGUCAAAAUCGGCCCCGCCCCGGGUGUCAUUGAUUUUCACUAUAUGUACAUAUAGUAAAAACUUAAAAUACCUUCUUGUAAAGACCCAAAAGGCCUAGAGCUUAGAUAUUUUGAAUAAGGCAUUGUCUGGUAGACCUCUACCCAGAUUAUUCAAAUUAUAGCCCUGGGAUCAGAAUCGGCCCCGCCCCGGGGGUCAUUGGUUUUCCUUAUAUGUAUAUAGUAAAAACUUAUACAUGUAGUAAAAACUUAAAAAAAAUUUCUUCUAGUAAUUGACAAAUGCUAGAGGUUAGAUAUUUUGCAUGAAACAUUAUGUAAUGAACUUCUAGCAAGAUUGUUUAAAUAUUAGGCCUGGGGUCAAAAUUGCCUUUGCCCCGGGGGUCAUUGAUUUUCAAUAUAUACAUAAUUUAUAGUAAAAAAAUAAAAAAAUCUUAUUGUCUGAAGGUACAAGACUUAGUGUUGUAUUAAUGCGGUGGCAUAGCAUUUUUCUCAAAUGCAAUCUUGUUACAUUUACUCCCUAUCUUUCUUAAUAAAUAGACAAGGUAUAUCAGAAAAUUGAUUUAAUAGUUUUAUGAAGAUUGAGAUAUUUAUUAGAAUUACCCUUCAUAAUGCUUCUUGCAUCAACGGAUUUUCUAUCUCUUCAGUAUUGAGAAUAACUAGCUUUCACAUAUUUGUAAUUUGAGAAGACAACAUAAUAUUGGUUCCUUGAUUUUUUAAGCCCUAUAUUCAAAGGGAUUAGUCCAUUCUAUAAAUUUAGGGUUAGAGUUAAUUCAGUCUGCAAAUUUCAGUAACAGUUUUUGAUUGGAAAUUAAUAACUGUUUCCAGGUUGUUGGAUAUAUCUUUAUUUCUCCAAGGAAUUUCGAAACUGCUCUUUGGGGGGAAUGUAGAUCUGACAGUAGUCAAGAUAACGUCUUUUUUAGCAUAACUUGAGCAUACUAUGAAUAAGUAACAUGAACUUGAAAACUAUUAUCUUUUGAUUUUAUUUAAGUUUUAAGAAUCUUGUUACUUUUUACAUUAAAAAUUGGGCUCUUUGUGGUAUUUUCAGUGUAAAAAAUAGUACUGUGCUUGAGUUUUUGUGAUGUUUUGUUUCAAGUCGGUUUUCGGUGAUUGGAUAAUGAAAAUACAUCUUGGGUUCAAAAGUUGUUAUAACUAGAUUUUGUUACCAGUCCAAAAACUAACAAGACCUACCAUCUCAUUGGUUAUUUCAUUGACCUAGUUUUAUAACUGGCCAAUGGCUGUUCUGUAUUUUACAGACUGGUUGUAAAACUACUGUUGUACCAAGUGUAUGAUUAUUGAUUUAGAUAAAGGGUUUUUCUUGUGACUGUUUUUAUUUCUUUUUGUAUGAAGUGAUCUGAAGUGUAUGUGACCAAGAUUUGUUUUCUGUGAUACUUUUGUAAUCUCACAUUAUACUUACGUUUAGUCUCAGGCAUUAGGGAGAAGUUGGUUUCGUUUCCAUAGGGAGCAGUCAUUCUUUUUCUGACAGGAGUAAUCAUUAUAUGUUAGUUUUCAUAUCAUUCUCUUUUGUUGGUUUUUCAUGUCUUUUUUUUCAAGAGCUUUCAAGAAAUACUUGGUUCAGAAUAAAUAUGCUUUAAUGUUUACAUGAACAUCAAUGUUACAUGUAAGUCAUGCUUGAUUAAAAUGAUAGACAAGUGCUUUUAAGGUUUAACAAAAAAAUUUUGCUUGUGAGUGAUUAUGACAUAUCAUUAAUCAGAUUUAUGUUUUAGAUGUAGUGACAAUGUCUACCAACCCUGUAACCUGUUUUUACCUAUAAAACCAGUGCAGACCAGAAUCAGCCGGUACAAACUGGAACAUACAUGUGGCCAGAUACUUGUCUGCACUGUUUGAUAUUCUGUAAUUAUCUAUUUUAAAAUUUGCCUCCCUAAAAAGAAAGACGGUUUUGUCCAGAUUAAAUGAUGGACAAGUCCAUUUUAGAUAUAUGGUGUAGUAAGGAAUAAUGGUGUAGUAAGUGUUAAUCAAAUUGUUCAACAGGUUUUAUUAGUUUUAAGCUUAGGUAACUGCCACUAAUUUUAUGUUAUUUUAUUUUAUUGUAAACUGUUAUUUUCGCGAGACUGUGUCAUCUGUGUAUACAUGUAUUUAUUGCUAAAGAAUAUAAUAUAUAUUAUGUACUGAUUAACUCUGUAAUAUAUGAAAUGAGAAAUUCUCAGCUUACUCAGUAAAUUACUUUUAGACAAAAUGUUAUUGUUUUUACCUUAGCAUGAAAUUGCUUGUUAUUUAGCUAGGCAUUUAGUAAAGAGCUUUGUAUAAAAAAUUGUUGAUAGGAUUUAGAUAGAUAAAAUUGGUGUGUAAAUUUGUUAAUUUAAUUGUCAAUAGCAGUCAUGAUUUUAACAUCACUGUUUUGCAAGAAAUAUCUUGCUUUAUUUGCUAUUUGGUGCAACAAUUGUUUUCGUUGGUUCUUUUAUAAAUUAACUCCUGGAUUUUUGUAACAAUAUUUUCAACAGUCUAGCUUUCACUAAUGUAAAUAGGUGAUGAGACAAAGUAAUCAUUUAUGCCACUUGUUCAACUUCACAAGUCUUUUCUUUCUUAUAUCCCUCAAGCCCGCCCACUUAAUUUUCUUGUUUCAAUAUUGUGACUGAGAGCUAAUUAUGUUUGGCAAUGUGAUAUUAUAUAACGCUGCUUUGUUUGUUUGUUUGUCAGAUUUUACGCUUGUUUUUUAUGUUUUUAUUAUGUAUAUAUUCAUAAUUAUAUAUAAAUAUAUUUAUGCUCUGUUUAAAUUGAAGGGUAAUUAUACCAAAAUAUGAGAGAUCGCUUGUAUGUACAUGUAGGAAUGUAACAAGUGUAUGUUGAUUUAUAUCACAUUUUUACAUAGCAACAGCUCUGAUAUGAAAAUAAAUAACCCAUAGAUACACAAUUCUUUUGAACCUUCAUUUGUGUCAUAGUCCAGAUUUUCAAAAUCUUUUAUUUUAAGAAGUUAUGGAUCAAGGUUAUGGAAGUUCAGUGGAUUAACUCGGGGUGCCCAUGUGUAGCCCGAAACUAUAUACAGAGAAGUAUCUAAAAUUCUCUUCCACUAGUAAAGCUGGAAAGUUUCCAUAUGGCUUUGAUGAUUUAAAACCCAAUAAGAAAUAAAACAAUAGCCUGAGGCCUUCCUCAUUAAGUUAAGCUUAAAAUCAUCCUAUGACAUUUACAGUGUUAGAGAACACAUCAUGAAAGGGAUGAAAAUUCAGCAAUUUGCGGUUGUGUUUUUCAUUUAGCUUUGUGCACAUGGGAUAGGCAUUUCAUAUCAAUUUGAUACUUUUUCAAAUCAUUACUUGAUACAGAAAACAAUCUAGAACUGACCCUAUUCUAGCUUUUUACUGGAAAUUAUUUUUAGAGCUUACAAAAUUACAAAGGUAUAUUUGAGAGACCAGUCUAUAGAAUGUACCAUUUUCAUUGGCUGCGUCAUUGAUUGAAAAUUCAAAUUAUAAGCUAGCCAAUGAUUGAACAUGAUUUUUAGACUGGUUUUCAGGUUCAAGUUUUUUUGUCAAUCAGAAUCCUGAACAAGAUGUCAUGAUAUGCUAAUUAUUGUUUUUGCAUCCAAACAAAUUUGUAUUUUAUUGUUUUUAAUAUAAUCUUGUUGUUCAGAGCUGCUACAUUUUACUUUAACAUGGAUUUUAUUUUAAAUGUAAACCAGUCUUUUAAGAAUUAUUAAUUUUCUUCUUUCUAAAUGAUUAUUUCGUUCAAUAGUGUCAAAUUAUAUAAUUCAUUAAUGUCAGUUUGUUCAGUCAAACCAAUAGUAUGUUAGUUAGUUAGUUGAUUAAUAUUUUGAGUUAUUUCAGUUUUAAUGUGUACUAAAAUUCAGAUGUAAAUGUUAUUUGCUAAAAUACUGAAAUCUUUCUAUGAAAAUAUACAAAAUGAGAAACUUU